AUGUGUGUCUGCCAUAUAACGCGCUGGCUUGUUGUCAUCUGGCUCAUCGUGUCCCUGGUCCAUCUGCAGGCCAAUGCUCUCCUCCAGUACUCCGCUGCUGAACUUUUAAAACUUCGGCACCACGUCCCCGCUCCUCUUCAGCCACCGGAGCGCGGACAUGACAUCCCCCCGGGCAUCGCCUUCCAGCCCCGGCGGCGGUACGUUCACCGUGGAUCACGCCGGGCACCGCUGCAGGUCAAGCCAGCCUCAUUUGGCAGCUUCCGGUGUGCUUGUUUUGAUCACGUCUACAGCCUCAUCGGGAUCAGGCUGGUGUAUGUACUGCAAUGA